GAUUAAAUUAUAUAGUAUAAAUUAUAUAAGGAAUAAUGAAUGUUUAUGGUGACAGUGACUACGUUUACAUGGACAGCAGUAAUCUAAUUAUUGACCUUACUCUGAUUAAGAUAAUAAUGUGAAUAAGGUGUUUACAUGAGUCGCUUUUAGAAUACUCCUGUCAUGUACCCGUUUUACAUGUUUUAAAACAUAAUUAGAUUAACAGCCCGCGUCAUUACGUCACCGCGCCACGCCGUCUGACGUCACUCCAGAAUUUCACGUAUCAACAUACAGUUCGUCUUCGUUAUGGGACCGUAUACAGUUUUGGGUGUUUUUAUUUAAUUUUUUUACGAACGCUUUAAGUGCAGUUAAUUAUUUGUCAUGCUGUACGCGCUAAUAGACGACUGCUUGAAGCCGUGGGCUGCGUCCCAAAUCGCGUAGUUACCGUCUAUAUAGUAGCCGAGAUACAUGUAUUUUUCCCCACUGCAGGCCUAUAGUAGGAAAGUAUUCGGUUUGGGACACAGCCGUGCUCUCUUGUUCGCCGUAAAACGUAAAACUGCCGUGUGUGAUCGUGUCCUGUCGCAAAAUGCGGUGAAAACUCCCACACGACGUUCAUAAUGUGAUUAAGGUGUUUACAUGUCACUACUACACGUCCAUAAUGCGACUAAAACAGGAGUACUCCACCUGUCUUAAUUAGAUUAUUGCUUACUUCGAUUAUGACCUUAAUCAGAUUAAGUAAAGAUUCAUACAAAUGAAGGAAUCAUUCAUGAACGACACAUCAUUACAGCCAAUCACAGAUAGGAGGAAGUGACGUUGUUCGUUUUGAAAAGAUUGGCGGUUUGUCCAGGAGAGAACAGCGCUACGACUGCUGCUGCUGCUAAACUCUAGAAGAAAUUGAGAUUUUAAAGCGGGUUAUUUUAUUUUUUAUUUUUAGUACCUGUUGGAAACAUGCAGAACAAGGAGAACCGUGAACCCAGAAGCCUCCUCACACAGACAGUUGGAGCUCUCAGAGAAGAGAUGAACCCUGGAGCUGUCAUGGGCACUGGUCCUGGCCGAGUCCCAGUGAAACCCAGCUCACAGAAGAAGUUAUCAAUUAAGGACUUUGAUAUUGGUCGGCCGCUUGGAAAAGGCAAGUUCGGGAAUGUGUAUUUGGCUCGGGAAAAGAAGCUGAAGGUUAUCGUGGCGCUAAAGGUGCUCUUUAAAUCCCAGAUGGAAAAGGAAGGAGUGGAGCACCAGCUCAGGAGAGAGAUUGAAAUCCAGUCUCACCUCAGGCAUCCGAACAUCCUGCGCUUCUAUAAUUACUUCCACGAUUCGUCACGUGUUUUCCUCAUUCUGGAGUUCGCGCCCCGUGGCGAGAUGUACAAAGAGCUACAGCGCUGUGGUCGCUUCACUGAUCAGCGCACAGCCACGUUUAUGGAGGAGAUUGCAGAUGCUCUUCAGUACUGUCAUGAGAAGAAGGUGAUCCAUCGUGAUAUUAAGCCUGAGAAUCUGCUGUUGGGUUACAGAGGAGAGCUCAAAAUUGCAGACUUUGGCUGGUCUGUCCACGCACCGUCGCUACGGCGACGGACCAUGUGUGGCACUCUGGAUUAUCUUCCUCCUGAGAUGAUUGAAGGGCAUUCUCAUGAUGAGAAGGUGGAUCUGUGGUGCAUCGGUGUGCUGUGUUACGAGUGUUUGGUGGGAAAUCCCCCAUUCGAGACGGAGAGCCAUUCAGAAACGUACAAACGCAUCAGCAAGGUCGAUCUUAAGUUUCCCAAAGAUGUUUCAGAAGGAGCACGUGAUCUGAUCUCCAAGCUGCUGAGACACAGCCCCUACAUGCGUCUGCCUCUGAAGAGAGUUAUGGAGCACCCAUGGGUGAAGGCCAACUCGCGCAGAGUCCUGCCUCCUGUCUGUCAGCCCAAACCCACUUCUUCACACUAGCCUUAAUUCCUACACAGUGCUUUUAAUCUGUUUAAUAAAAAGUAUUUAAUGAAUUUGUUGAUUCAGAUGAGUAGUUUUUGUAGGACUUGGCAUCAGUGUGAUCAUUUAGGGUUGGUGCACAUGGUGGGGGUAAAAAGAGGUUGUGAGUCAAGAUUUCCUCCUUACAAGUUUAGCUUCUGCUUGGUCUGUGAUGUAUAGCAACUGAGCCUGCUUUGUAUCUGCACUGAUUGGCCAUUUAAUUAGAUACACCAACUGAUGUUGGUGGUGACUUUUUGGCAGGUCCCUACUAUUCCAUCCGUCAAUCGAAAGGCACCAAAUUAGUGUGGAACAUUAGCAUGUCUACAGCAGAGAUUAUACCUAAAAAUGUUUUCUCUCCACAGCACUACUGGUAGCUGGAUAUUUUUUUUGAUUGACUGUUUUUCACCUCAGCUGUAACACAAAUACAUAUAUCUUGUACAUUAUUGUUUGUAUUUUUCAUACACUGUACUUUCUACGUGUUUUAGAGCUUUUAUGGACUUCACUAUUGGUGUUCAGGUUAGGCAGUGGUUCUGACCAGUGAAGAACAUGCUUUAGUGGUGUGUUAUGGGUUGUUAUGCUACAUGGAACCAGUUUAAGACAUAUUUGAUGUUUAAAUAAAAACCUGAUGAUUAAUUACUGAACAAA